AUGUAUUUACCAAGCUGCACAUAUCCGUCAAAGUCUGACUUUGGCUCCAUCACUUCGCCGUUUUUAAUGGAGAACGGCACAGCUUUGCUGGAUCAUAGCACCCCCUCUGCGAUAAGGCUGUCGGAGUACCGGGGCUACUGCUACCAUGAGCCGCGGCAGCAGCAUCCUCCUCCGGAGAAAUGGACCCUCUUCCAGGCGAGGCGCUCCAUCACCUCUCCGCCGCCUGCCUGCUUCAACUUACCGGGGGAAGCUGUUUAUCACGAACACCAGCGCACUCCAUCCCCGCUGGAAACGAUAUUCAACACCAGUAAGGACUGUUUCCUACACGGCGGGGCGGUUUACGGUGCAUCUAGUUCGCGUCUUCACGCACAGGCGUUUGCCGGAGACCCGUUGAGUCUCCCCGGUAGAUACGCGGCGUUCAAUCCGGACUCACAUCUCUUCUUCCAGGCAGGUCGUAACAGAAUCCUGCCGCCGGAUUUCGACCGGUUUUUCGUGCAGGCGGAGGAAGGAGUGGACGCGAAAGCGGAGAUUUCACCUGCGAGCAAACAAGGAAAAAAGUCGAAGAAAGCCGCGUGGACGAGCUGUCACAGCGGGGAGAGCAGCGAGGUGAGGGCGGGGUCAGGGUCACCCGAGGCUGGGAAGGAGGACGAGGAGGAUGCGCCGUUAUCCAGCGGCAGUGGAGGAGACUGUAGUCAGGCCCCGACAGAGCCUCGUGUGAAGAGGAAGAAGCGUUGUCCUUACUCCAAGCAGCAGCUCAGAGAGCUGGAGAGAGAGUUCCUAUUCAACGUUUACAUCAACAGGGACAGACGCAUGCAGCUGUCCCACCUUCUGUGCCUGACAGAUCGACAGGUGAAGAUCUGGUUCCAGAACAGAAGAAUGAAAGAGAAGAAACUGAAGAGAGAGAGACUGCAGUACUACACGGGUUAUCACCUGUUCUGACUGACGGACGGACGGAUGAAGGUGAAGGAAGUGAGAGACAAGUCUUUCGUCGCAAUGAACGUCACGUACAAACUCUGACAACUGUGCAAACAUCAGCACGGCACUACAUCGUUCCAAUCAUCAUAACACGGUCAUAAAUAAAAGAUAAAACAAACAGUCCAACGCAUAAAUAAAUCCUGUUGAUCCCAGAGCUCGUGUUUAGGGCCUCCGAAAACAGCAACAUAUUCUUUCCUCUCUCCUGAUCUUCUUAACGUUUAAUCAAGAACACAUUCACAAUGGCCCUCUUGCCUUAUUUGAACCCAAAGUCUCUCUGAAGUCAUGUGGCUUAGUGUGAAGACAGUAAACCUCUCUCUGCCUCAGGCCCCCAAGUCCUAUAAAUACUAAGGAAUGUGUAUAUAUAUAUAUAUACUUUAUCCUUUUCACUUCAAAAGACUAAAUUUAGAGAAACAUCAAAUAUAUGACAUGCACGUCUGUCAUAUUUUGGGCUUCAUAUCUCAGAGAUUGUUGUUUAUUUUUUGUUGUUUGGAUGGUGACGUGCACUGCUGACAAUCUAACGGCGUGUGUGUGUUUGCGUUAAUGAGGUUUCGAGCUUUUACGGCAUAACAAACAUCCGAGCAGAUGGCGACACUUCACGUGAAUUUGUUCAUAACCGACGUGCCUGCUCCAAAGUUAAUAACUCAUGUCAGUAAUAUAUACCUCAUAAAAUCAAAUUUAACCAUCUAGAUAGCUUAUGAAUAUCAUAAUUAUAGUCGAGCGAAGACAAUCUACAGUAGAAUGUUCUGAUAUUUGUAUUGUUACCAUUUUGCAUCUGUGUUUGGAGGCAAAAUAUUGUAAAGAUUGAAUAAGAAAGUGUCACAUUUCUUGGUUUUACUUUGAUUUAAAAUGAAGUACUUAAUGAUAAUUAAAUGUGAUUAAACGUUGAAUUGCAUACCAUUAUCAGCGAGUCAUUACUUAUAUAUAUUAUAAAGAAGUAUAUAUUAUAUUUCAGUAGAAAAGAGUAUAUAUUAUAUUUCAAUAUAUAGUAUGUUGUACAUUUAAAAAGAUGCAUUCAUGGAUUUGACAGCGUGGUGCAGUAUCUUUAUGAAACAGUUUGUUUUGAAAAAGGCUUUAAGGGAAUUUGAGCAACUGGAGUUUGAUAUGUAAAGUCUCCCUUCCAUUCAAAAAUGUGUUUUGCUUAUUGUUCAUUAAUUUGGAUGUUUGAUCUUCACUGUGCAGAAGUUGAACCCUAGAAAUCUGUUUUCAGAUUCAUCUGCUGAAAGUGGAAAGUUUCUCUGUGCUCGUCAAAAAAAUCUGACAUCACAACUAGUUUGGAGCCGUCGUAAACACGACCAUACUAAUUAAAAAUCUUAUUAAACAGCUUAUUAAACAAGUUAU